AUGAUGGGUCAGCAGUUGGUGACUGUAGCAUUCUUCCUGGCGCUCUACGCACACCGAUCUCCCCAGUAUGGCCCCAGCAUCCUAACGCCAACGCUCUGUCUGCUCUGGGUGUGUGCAUGCAGAAUCUCUGAGAAGUUUGCAUUUGUUGUGGUCCUCUUGUCUCUGUUGUCUCACACCCAUUACUGUCUCCAUCUCCUCCUUCCCCUACCCCUGCCCACAGGUCUAGGUAUGGCUCUGAACUUCCAGCCCUCCCUGAUCAUGCUGGGCACCUACUUUGACAAACGUAGACCUCUGGCCAAUGGGCUUGCUGCAGCUGGGAGCCCUGUUUUCCUCUCUGCCCUCUCUCCGCUGGGUCAGGUCUUGCUCGAGAAGUUUGGCUGGCGAGGGGGAUUCCUCAUCAUGGGGGGUUUGCUGCUCAAUUGCUGCACCUGUGGAGCAGUCAUGAGACCUCUCGAGGCAGGCAUGAAGCGGAAGAUGGAGGGAGUUCAGGACAAAUAUGAAGCCAAGGAGAUGCUGCCCAUUGGGGAAAGGGCAGAGGAGGCCAUAAGCACCAUGGAUGGAGCCAAAAAGUCAAAGAAAACCAAGAAGCAGCAGCAGCCCAGGAAAGGGAAGAAGCUAUUGGAUUUUUCUAUCUUCUCCAACCGGGGGUUUGUCAUUUACUCCAUUGCUAAGUUCAUCAUGGUCUUGGGUCUCUUUGUGCCCCCCAUAUUGCUGGUCAACUAUGCCAAAGACAUAGGAGUGCCAGACACAGAAGCUGCCUUCCUGCUGUCCAUCAUUGGCUUCAUAGAUAUCUUUGCCCGCCCUUCCUGUGGGAUGCUAGCCGGGCUGAAGUGGAUGCGUCCCCAUGUCGCCUACUUAUUCAGCUUUGCUAUGCUCUUCAAUGGCCUGACAGACAUCUGCAGCGCCAGGGCUAACACCUACACGGCACUGGUCAUCUUCUGUGUCUUCUUUGGCAUCUCCUAUGGCAUGGUGGGUGCAUUGCAGUUUGAGGUGCUCAUGGCCAUUGUUGGAUCCCAGAAGUUCUCCAGUGCCAUUGGGCUGGUCCUGCUCAUUGAAGCCAUUGCUGUGCUCAUUGGGCCACCCUCAGCAGGGCGCUUGGUGGAUGCAUUCAAGAACUAUGCAAUCAUCUUCUACUUGGCUGGCUCAGAGGUUGUACUCUCCUCCCUCUUCCUGGCCAUGGCCACCUAUUGCUGCCUGAAUCAGGAGAAGAAGACACCUCAGCCAGAGAAGACCCCUUCGGUAGGGGGUGGCAGUGAUACCGAAGAGGCAGAGUCAGAUGCGGAGGGAGUGGAGGAUCACGCUGCUGACAACCACCACCUGUCCCAUAGCACCAACACUGCUGUCGUCAUGACCAGUGAUGUGGUGGACCACAUAGCAGAGGACCAUAGUGCAGAUGGGGUUGAGCAGCCUGCAGAUAAGGGGGCAGUGCCAGUCCCAGGUGAAUGCAACUCUAGCCAGACAGUGGAGAGAGAGAGAUUUUAGCAAGUGAAAAGCCAGGACUAAGAGCCAAUGCUAAAGUGUGUGACUGGCCUGGUUUGGAGACAAGUAUAGCGGGGAGGGAAUAUGCGUUGAAGGGGGAGAGUGUGCUGGGGAAGAAGCUGUUGGGUGGGCGGCGGGGGGGAGCUGGAAGGAAUUUUUCCCAUAUAUAAUAUCUGUGUAAUGGUAUACUGCAAGUACACUGAUGUAUUCAACACAGGCUCAAAGACACUGAACCAGCCUCCCCUACAAACUGUCCCUGGGAAAUAUUUUUAAACAGCCGCAGAGGCAGCCAGAGAACUUUACUUUUCUCUCUGCACUAUCACCCUAAGAGAGAGUUAGGGGCUCUCUAUGAUCAUAUCUGCUACUACUUACUCAGUCUUCAAUGCCUCUCCUAAUCUGCCACGGCUGUCAGGACAAACUCCGCUUCAUAGACUGCAGAAAAGGCCACACUAUGAACCUGGCUGGAGAGAGGUUGGUUUAGGCUGUCAUGGAAGCAACUGAUGGUGUAGGGAAAAAACAGCUAGAGGGCACCUACAGGAAUUGCCAUACUUCAUGUCACUCUCUCUGACCUGGCCUCCAACCACAACCAAUGCCUUAGAGAAAGGUAGGGCCUUCCCCUUCCUAGGCAAUACUAAAAGUGAGGGGAAGAGACUUCAUUCUGACCCCAGCUUGACAUUAUCUGAGGGGGUGGGAGGCCAAAAGCAAGGUGGUUCUGAUGCUUCAUGGGCAAAGAGGAGGAACUGGGGGGAAAGCUCUAGUUAAGGGCACAAAGCAAGGAAACAGUCCAACUAAAUGCCAUUAGUUAACAACUGCCCUGACACUAAAAAACAUACCAUGUCCCAAGGGAUUAUCCAUGUGGCAGCAAUGGUACAAGGGUGGGUGCGUGUGUGUUAGUUAACUAAAAGAAAACCCCUUAUAUAAAGGAAUCAAUGUUCAGGCAGAAGAACAAGCAGCAGCCAGAGGAUGCAAUGAAUGAGGGGGUUUGAGCAAGUAGUAAAGCAGGCUUAAGAGAUGGAUUUCUGGAUUCUAAGAGAACCUUCUCUCGCAUGCUUAAACCACACUUAAUCCGCUUUAGAACUGGGUCUACUAUGACACUCCUAGCCAAAGCCCUUCCUCCCAGUUUCCUGAAUUACUUCACCUCAAACACCCUGUGGCAACACCUCAAGGGACCUUUUACAACACCAAGGGAUCAGAAGCCAGAGGGCUGUACGGCAGGGAUUGCAAGGGCUGCAGAACAGGCAUUUCACUUUAGGUCACUGGCUUGAAUACGAACUAGGGACUAAUCAUUAGAGACAUUACUGAUAGCCCAGCUAAACCGAAUUUGGUUGGGGGGGGGGAGAGAGAGAAGGUCGCACUCCAGCUGCUACUACAUAAGGGGUAUUGAUUUGCUGCAAUAAGGACAGUUUUCAAAGCGAGACAAGACCUCAAUGAGCCAGGGGGCUUGCAACCAAGAUGUGUCCCCUCCAUCCAGGACUCAGCUGAGACAGAGAGGGCGUGCCCCCUCCCCUCUGCCUGUGUAGGAGGCUCCGCUUGUAACUUGUAACCAGCACUGUAUUCACAAUAAAAUUUAUCUGAACUCCCAAAUAAAUCUGACCAUUUUUGGAGCACCAAGAUUAGUUAGUUCCUUAGAGUAUAUUCUCUGUGGCUUUGUUCAAUCUUGUACUUUUAAGUGACUCAAGAGAAGGAGCCUCCACCACAUCUUCUGGGAAACUAAUCCAGUUUACAUGGACCUCACUGGUAGUAAAGGAUUCCAACUAUCCAGGCAACAUUUUCCUUUAUUCAGUUUCAUCUCAUGGAGUCUAGUUAUAUAACGCUGUGGUCAGUCUGUCUCCCAACAUGGGCAGCACCAAGCUGUAGCUGGGCAGGCCUCUUUUGUAAUUGGAACUUAGCAGGAGGGAGAGCUACUCCACACUGGCCUCAGCAUAGGGGCCUGGCCAGGGAAAAAGGUUGCCACUCGAGCACCUCCAGGGGGAUAUGGGCAGCUUGUUGUAACUUACAACAGCCUUCAGGCUACUCUAAGUCCCAGAAGCAGAGCAGUUUCCCCGACCCCCCAGGGGCCACGAAGAUGGUAUAAAGCUACCUCUGCCAUGUUCCCUUCCAAGAUGCACUGAAUAUGGCUUAUCAUAGCUCAGGACCUGGACUGCACUCAAUACUUCUUCUCCAACAGCGUUUUCCUAUAUACAUUUGGUCCCUCAAGGUCUUUGAUUACUGUGGUUGCUCUUGUCCAACUCCCAUUCAAACAGUGUCACCCUGGCCACUAGAACCCCUCAGAGGACAAAGCAUGAGGAGUGCUUUUUAAAAGAAAAGUUGGUGCCAUCAUAUUGCACUAUAACACUCCAAAUGGGAUGCUAAGAAGCCUGCCCUGUGAUCUCUGCCAGUCAGAAUUCAGAGCUUAGGGAGAGAGUGUGUGGCCAGAGCUGGUGAAAUGUGGUUUGCUGGAGCUCCAUCAGUAACAUUUUCCAUUCCUAUAAGCUAUCUCUUUGACACAGCUGGCAGCCUCUGCUCACAAGGUCAGGACUUACUGCCAGCUCAGGUUUGAGGUGUGGCAGCUGAGUCUGUGGUUAGAACCUACCACUGGAAUAGCAAGGGAUGCUGCAGGACACGAUUGAGGUGGACUACUGUGUUCUGCAAGGAUGUGUUUACCCUCUAAGCCAAGCCAUAGCACACUUAGGAACACAGGACAUCCUGUGUAUAUAGCCUUAUGUAGCAUGUACAUCACAAAGCAAGGUGCAGUGAUGGCCACUAUAAUUCUGUGCAAGGAGUGAAUAUUCCCCUUAAGACAAAAAGAACAUAGCCUUAUGC